AUGUUGAUAGGAAUUCUGUUGUCCGAGCUCGUGAAGGAUGUGAAGUCUCACCGUCUCACAGAUCUCUGUACACUUGGAACACUCAUUGAAUCUCUCAUUUCAACUCACUGGCAACAGACUUUCAUCAUGCAAUUCCUCACUUCAACCAUCUUUGUCACCCUCCUCGGUGUUGCCACCGCUUUCCCAGGCCUUACUCCUCGCCAGAACUUAAAGAAUGCAAUUCUCAUCUGCCCCAAUGCCGAGGCAACCUUCGCUGACCCGAAAGUCAACAUGGGUGCCGUUUGCACCCGCACUUACAGCUGCCAAUACGGCAGUGAUGGUAUCAAGAGCGGCAAUGUCUGGACCAACUCCUGCACUGGCUGCCCUCCAGACCAGAACGUGAACUCUUUCGGCAACUGUGUUUUUCAGUACGUUUGA